AUGUCAAGUAAUUUUAAUCACGCAAAAACAACAUUUUUGGCUCGUUUAGCUUCAGGUGUUUUAGAUGUUUCCGGUGGAGGUGAUGAUGCUGGUGAUGGAGUUGAAUAUUUUCGUUUGGUUAAUUGA